AUGUUAUUUUUUAAUACUAUUAGGCUGCUUUUGGGGCUUUUUAUUAUGAAUAGAGUGAAGGCGCAAAACUUUUACGAUUCCGAUCCUCACAUAUCAGAAUUAACGCCAAAAAGCUUCGAUAAAGCGAUCCAUAACACAAAUUAUACAUCAUUAGUAGAAUUUUAUGCUCCGUGGUGUGGUCACUGUAAGAAGCUAUCAAGUACUUUCCGCAAGGCAGCGAAGAGAUUGGAUGGUGUAGUUCAAGUUGCUGCUGUAAACUGUGACCUUAACAAGAAUAAGGCUUUGUGUGCUAAAUACGAUGUAAACGGGUUCCCUACGUUAAUGGUAUUUAGGCCUCCAAAACUAGACUUAUCUAAGCCUAUGGAUAACGCCAAAAACAGUUUCAGUGGCCAUGCCAAUGAAGUGUACUCAGGGGCAAGAACGCUCGCUCCUAUUGUCGAUUUUUCUCUCUCAAGAGUAAGGUCAUAUGUCAAAAAGUUUGUCCGUAUAGAUACACUUGGUUCUCUACUUAAAAAGUCUCCCAGACUUUCAGUGGUAUUAUUUUCAAGACAAGACAAAAUUUCACCAGUUUAUAAAAGCAUUGCCCUUGAUUGGUUAGGGAAGUUUGAUUUCUAUUCAAUCUCAAAUAAGAAGCUCAAGAAACUAACUGAUAUUAGUCCAACAUACGAGGAAACUCCCGAGAUUUUCAAAUAUUUGCAGAAAGUCAUUCCUGAUCAGCGGAAGAGCGAUAAGAGUAAGCUUGUUGUUUUUGACGCAGACAAUGAUAAAUUUUGGGAGUACGAAGGGAACUCAAUCAACAAAAAUGGUAUUUCGAAGUUUUUUCAAGACACUUUUAGUAUUUCACCCAAUGAAGGUCCGUUUAGUAGGCGUUCUGAGUAUAUUGAUUUCUUAAAAACUGGUAAAAAGCCAAUUAAAAGGAAUUAUUCCUCGUCAGGGAACAAGCACGACGAAUUGUAA